GCCAAAAAGACCAAGAAGACUAAGAAGGCCAAGAAGAAGGACGCGGUGGCGAAGGAGGACUCGCAGGACACAGAGGAGUCGCAGGGCGCGCCGGGGGACAGCUCGGGCUCAGCCACGGUUCCGGCUUCGACUGGCGACAACGAUAAGACAUCGCCAGUGGUGCCCAACGCUAUGGAUUCUUCGACAAUUGCCGGCACGCCUAGCACAGGCAAUAGCGGCGUUGGCGUUUCCUCCGCGAAGGACCCGGUCAAGCAAGUCAUCGCUCGAGGAGAUGGCGGUUCCUCGGGUGCAGCUACUGCUCCCUCAGCGUCCUCUCAGCGGUCCGAGGAAGCUCCAGGGGAACACUUUCCUGUCCUCUCUGUUACUCCGUCUUCGGAGGCUCCGACGACGCAAAGCCAGACUGCUGACGCUUUCUCCAUCCUGCCUGGGGUUGUCCUCAAGCCCGGUCCCUCGCCUGCGAAGGUUGAUGACGCAGCGGCCUCGACAGAGUCCUCUGCAACGGCCCUACAGGCCCUAGAGACGAAGUCCGCUGUCCUUUCGGCCGCCCCAGUCUCCGCGUCGGACAGCCCCGCGAAGUUGGACAUCCCUUCGGAGUUGCCCGUCUCUACACCGUCUGUCGCAGGCACGCCUAAUCCGGCUCCGGACACCGCCAAGCCCACGUCGCCUAUACUUCCGGACAAGUCCACCAGCUCUGAAGUUUCCGUCACCACGACUAGCGAGUCUGCUGCAGCGGCGAAGGAGUCUACUAUCGGGACGCCUCCUGUGGUAGCAGAAGAUAGGUCGACCAAGGACCUGGAGAGAGCGGGGAAGGAUGGCGAGGACAGCGCCCACGUCGAGGUCACCGAAGCGCCCCAGGACCCUGAGCCGGAGCAAACCAAAGACGACGAGGUAGAACCCCGCUCCGACAAAGAGGACAUUCCUGGUGCCUUUCCAGUCACUCCGGCCGUCAAGGAUACUCCUCUCCCAGCUUCUCCGAAGCCGAAGGUCUCCAAGAAGAAGGCUACUAAGCUUGCAAGACUUGCGUCGAAGAAAGCUGCGGAGAGGGCUGGCGGGGACUCAACGCCUACUGGUAAUGGUGCUCAGACCCCGAUCAGCAGUCGUCCACCAACCCCCACCUUAGAGCGUACUUCGUCUACCACUGGCAAUGGCAGCAACACAAGUCUCACCCCGAUCGAGAAGAAGCUAUCCAGUGAUCCUCUCAGCGCCAUUCUCGAUGUUCCGCCUCCCCUACCUGCCAAGCCGUCUGUCGCUACUCAGCCCUCCGAAGACGAUCCAUGGGCGCUUGAUUAGCUGCAUCUAUUCUGUCGAUUCUCCAUCCCAAAUUUUCUGUCACGAUGUUCACUAGAUUUGUAUGGGCGCUUUACUGUGACUCGGGCAUCCGCGGGAUCUGUGUUCUUGUACGACUCACGACUGUUACGAUUGCUUGUUGUACGAACACCUAUGAGCAUGCACGCCAGCAUUGUACAUACCCUCCGUUGUAGUCGACGAAUGCAUUCGACGUCCU